AGGUUUUAGGGUGAGAUUACUUCCGGUCUCGUAUAGUGGGAUAAAAGUUAGGGGAAAGUAAGCUAUAGCUCAAUACUGGUGCAAAGUACCAUGUCUGAACUACGAGAUCUUCAAUGGGUUGUACAAAAUGGUGACAUUUCGUCCGUCAAAGCCCAUUUGGAAAAGGGUGUUAAUGUAAAUGAAGUUGUGAAGAAAAGAACUCUCCUACAUAUGGCUGCAGACUAUGGACAGAUCGAAGUCCUAAAGCUUCUACUGAAAAGUGGUGCAGAAGUAAAUGCAACAGAUAGCUAUGACAUGACUCCUUUGUUGGCAGCAAUAUUUGAGAACCACUUAGAAUGUGUGAAAGUACUAAUAAAUUCGGGUGCAUCUCUAGAAGGCACAACACCAGACGGACAAUCCUACUAUGACGUCGCAUCAGAAGAAAUGAAGAAAGUAUUAAUAGAAGGAAGAACUGCACAGGAAAAAAGAUAACUAUUUUUAUUGAAAAUGGAAGAAUGGUGUCGAAUAAAUAGUGCUGUCUGGAUGGAAACAUUUGGUAUUCGAUAGAAAUGAGUGACUUUAAUCUGCAGUGUAAAGGAUUGUGAUCAUGCAUAGCUUCAGUUGACUUACAAUCAUUUUAUACAAGUAUUUUUUUUCUCAUUCGUUAUUUUAUAAUAUAUACACACUAUAAUCUUUGAUUGUUAUUUAAUUUUACUCUAGUUCUAUCAUUUGUGAAGCCAUCCUAUGAAAUAUUGUCAUUCAGAAGCAGUUUUUUUUCAUAUGAUUAUUGAUAUUUUAUCCAAUAUUUUCAGAAUAUUCAAUGUAUUUCCUAAAGACACUUCUAAUAUUAACUUCAUUGUAAAAUUUUGUCCUGUUUUUCACCAAGUGAAUGCAGCGAUAGUCAUUAUAACUUGUAAAUGAUGUGAAUACCAGUAGAUGGGACAAGGGAUGCAUAUAUACAUGGCUAUGAUGAACAUUGGCUCCUAGUUGGUGACGUAGUAUUUAUGUUACCUGCAAGAUAGUUUUUUAUGCAGAUUCUUUUAGGGGAGAUUUGGAUACUGAAAAUAACCGAAUUCUAGCGCUUUUCUUAUUAUAGCACUUUUCAUGCUGGGAGCGUUGUACUAAAUUACGAUUGCCCCAAUUAUCUUAAUGUACUAUUUAACAGUCAAGGUUAAUAGGUACACAGUUAUCAUUUUGUUCAAUAUAAUUUUAGUGCUUGGUCUUGGUCUUUGCGGAAUCAUUAUUUUCAAAUAAGCCCUCCUAAAACUUUGAUACUUAACUUUCACACCAGGGGAGGGGAUUUAUUUCAGGAUGAAAAUGGUAUGUUAUAUGGUUUAGGACUUAAAAACGAUCUGUUACAUGUCAUUGUCCACCUUAAGGUAACGGUGAUAAACGUUACAAUCUUCAGUGACUUGGCAAAAGUAUUCAAUCACAUGAUAUUUUUACAAUACAUGUACACUUCAUUCAUUUUGACAAUUUUUGAAUGAUUUUUUUUUCUUUGUUUUUCAAUGGAUUUUAUUGAAAUUUCACUUCACAAAACUAUUUAGAAGUUAAUGUGGGUGCACAAAUCUUUAUGGCGUAAAUCUGUUGGUAAUACGCAAAAAUUAUUUUGUGCUAAAUUUGUCUUAUUUACGGUAAUACUCAACAUAUUUAUCUAAAAAUGUGUAAUCCUCCAAGCUCGGCAAACUUUAAGGAGGGUAUUGAAAUGUGCUCCAUCUGUCCUUCAAUAUGCAUUUAUCAUCAGUAUCUGAGUAGUAAAAAUUCUAAGAAUGAUAAGGAUGUGCAUCAAUGAUGCAAUUCAGAUUGGUCUAUGGAAAACAUGACGGAAACUCUUUAUUUGGCUCUUCAGUAAAUUAGAUAAAUAUCUCGUUAAAAGGUUUGGUAUUCUGGGUACCUACAUCUGCCGAAUUGCAUGACAUUCAAUCAGAAAGGUUUUCACUGUCAAAAACAUCAAUGAAGAAUUGCCAUAUAUACAUGUACAUUUUUGUACGAGAUAUAUAGGGUGCUGAUUCAAACUAUGAAUUGAUCCUGAAUUGAUUGAAAUUUAAUAAUUGACCAAUUCUAUUUCAUUAAUAAUUUGAGUUAUGGAUACUGCUUUUAAAUGUUUUAAACAAAUUCCGUCAAUUUGAAUUGUUUAUUCAUGUUAAUUAACUUACAAUAUCACAGUAAAAAUAAAAUGUUAUAAACAUGUUAUUGAAAUGGAGUAAUGUUAUAUUUGAUAGAAUGUUAGCCCUAUUUUACGUACCACAAGAAAUAAGUGUACAAUAACUUAUUCUUUUCAUACAUUGUUUAGAUGCUCAGAGUAUAGAAAGAUCUGGAAGGUUUUGAUGAACACUAGAUAUUCAGCUAUGUAUCAUAGGCAACCGACUUCAGUUGUAAAGUGAGACUUUCAAAAGACUAAGUUGUAAGUGAAACUUUCAAAAGACUUAUUGAUAAGUUGUAAUGUGAAACUUUCAAAUGAUUUUUUUUUUAAUUAAUUGUAAAGUGAGACAAAUGACAAGUUUUAAAGUGAGACUUAGGAAUGACUUGUGGAUCAUUAGGUACAGCUAGUAAACAUUUUAUCAGAAGUCUUUAAUAUAUGUAAUAUGAUAUUGUCAGUGGAUCAAGUUUGUAAAUUGCAGUUUGACAAAACUUAUACUUAAACCUAUGCAUGUAUGCCCAUCAUUGAUCAUGUACCUUGUUUUAUUUCAAAAUUGACAUUUACUUUAUUAGUAUUUAACAUAAUUUCUGACAUUUUUUUGUGUAUGAAAGGAAGGAAAUAUAAUUGAAGAUUUUUGGUAUUUGUCCGGUAUAGUAUACUGAUGAUAAAUUAAAAGGUAUUUAUCUGGUAUAGUAUACUGAUGAUAAAUAGAAGAUAUUUAUCUGGCAUGGCAUACUGAUGAUAAAUCAAAAAGUAUUUAUCUGACAUGGCAUACUGAUAAAUCAAAAAGUAUUUAUCUGACAUGGCAUACUGAUGAUAAAUUAAAAGAUAUUUAUCUGACAUGGCAUACUGAUGAUAAAUCCUGUUUUGAAUUUGUUUUCCCCUAAUCCUAUAUACAGAUACAAUAAUUAUUGUACAUGAAUUUAAGUGAAAUCAGGGGUAAUAUAAGGGACCAAAUCUGAUAUUGUUAUGGAAACUGACCUUCAGAGAAAACUAAAAUGGAGUUACAGCAGGCAGUUGUGGAAUUUAUAACGGGACAUAUGGGAUGUAAACCAUGAGACCAUGUUGUAAAGUAAAUUUUGACAAUUAUUUUGAAGUGUCUCGUACAGCCAAGGACCAAUACAUAUUAGUUUAGAAGCAAUAUAUCCCAUUGAUUUAAAUCAGGAUGAUUGAAAUAAUAAAGGAUCAAAACAUUGAUGAUCAGAGGGCUAUUUCUAAUGCAUGAUAACCUGUUGUACGUACUGAAGUAUCUAGACUGGUGUAUAUUAUCGUGAACACACUUUGAUGAUGUAUACAAACCUUGGUGCUAUAAUAUAUGUAAACAUUACACAGGCAUAUUGUACUCCGGAAAUUUACUCUACGGACUGAGAAUAGUUAACUCUUUAAAAUGUAGUACCGUUAUAUUGAACAGGUGUGCAUAUAAAUGAUAUAGAUUUAACACACUGACCCAAAUAUCAGACAAUAACAAAAAUAACAAUCCGACCAAAAUAUCAGACAAUAACAAAAAUAACAAUCCAACCAAAAUAUCAGACAAUAACAAAAAUAACAAUCCGACCCAAAUAUCAGACAACAAAACAGUACAAAAAACAAACUUCAACACUGAUGGACGGCCCUAAGUAGAACAUCUAUACAGAAGUUACAUUCACAUAAACACUUGUUGGGUUUUUACGAUGGUAAUCCUAACUACAGAAGAUUUAUUAACACUAAAUGUAUCUGAAAGUAUUUACCUUGUUUUGAAUAACCAAGCUCUUCUUAACAGUAUGUCAAGUCUUUGGGAUUUUUACCUAAUUCAGAUAUCUGUAUUUAAAUAGAGAUAUCUUAGUUUUGAAUAAAGAUAUCUCUAUUUUCAAUUCAUAUAUCACUAUUUAUUCAAUAAUUAGAGACGUCUGUAUUUAAAAUAGAUAUCAAGAUAUCUCUAAUUAAAAUAAAGAUAUCUGAAUUAUAUUGGUAAAAUCUCGACUUGCUUUUAUUUAGGACAAAGACGUGGAUAGAGAUAAAUAAGUAACUAGAUAUCUAAACUCAAGUUAUUCAAAUAUAUGUUUAUUUAAUUGGCUUGUUUUCAACAAGAUGAAAUUAUUUACUCUGGAAUUUAACAAUGUAUUAAAAUGGUUAUCAUGACCAUUAAAUUUUCUUUUUCUUAUCAAAUUAAAACAGUGUUGAUUUCCAAAUAUACAGCUUUGUACAGAUUAAUCAUAAUUUGUUAGGAAGUGAGGAAGAAAAAUAUGUUGAUUAAUUGACUAUCAUUGACUGGUGAUAUUGCUAUUGUUUAGGUUUUUUUGCAUGCAUACUUUGUGACGAUAAAAAUAGUCACUUAUUGGUUUUCUUUUCAUGUGAAAUAAUUUUAAAAACUUGUCACAAAUUAUGUAGUAAUAUUAAUCGAUGAAAAUAAUUAGUCUGGAGAAUUUCGGUGAUAUGAUACAGUGUAGUUACAGCAGAUGAUUAGCAAUGCUUUUCUGUUCCUGGUGUUUAUUACCAGGGUAAGUCAGUAUGGAACAUGUGUUCAACGCUUGGUACAUUGUAAAUGCAAACAUUUAUAAUAAAUGUUAUUUAUAAGA